UUGUGCGCCUUUGAUGACAGUAACGCGCGGGCGGUAAUUUUUAUUUCUAUUUUUUAUUUUGGCCUAAAAUUUUCGAUUCUCUUCACUAUUUCCUGCAUUUUCAGAUGCCGGCAGUCAAGUUAGCCCCAGUUGUAAAUCAAGUUCCACGCCGAACUCGCCGAACAAAAGUGGAUGAUGUGGAUUAUGAAGAAUUGGUGAUGUCGGCAAUCAAUUUUUCGGGACCAUCGAGUGAAGAUGAAAUUCAAAUAUUCAUGUCGAAGACGUAUCCAAAGACCGAUGAUAUGGCGAAGAAAAUUGAAGAAACCUUGAAGAUGUUGGUGAAAAAGGGCGUGUUGCUGAAGAUUGGCGAGAUUUUCAAAAAAGCAACCGCCCCAAAGGAGAAUCGAAGAGUUUCGCGAAGACUUAGCGACAAGAAAGCAGCUACGGCACUCCUUCCAAACGCAGUGGAGAAUAUGGCGCGAUUGAACAAGAAAAUGCCGUUUUGCCCGGUGACGUAUGAUGCUUUGGAAGUUCGCCAGAAUACAUCGAACGCCUCAAGUCAACCGGCCAUUUUUACAAGUUGUGGACAUGUGCAAAGUGUCACGACGCGUUGGAACAACAUGCAAUGCCCAAUGUGUUUGAAGGUGUCGAUGGCGGUGUCGAUUUCGUGCGCUUUGCAAGGACAUUGUGAUAAUGGAGAUCUGGAAUUGGUCUAUAAUCCUUGUGGACAUAUUGCGAGUCAGGAAACUGUUAGGUAUUUUUUUCAUGAAUUUCACAAACCUUCUUGAUCUUAAUUCAACUCUUUUUCCAGGCGCCACCUCGCCUCACCAACCUCCAAAAACUGCCCAUUCUGCGCCAGAACCUUGAACCCCAACAAUCCCACCAUCAAAGCAUUUUUUCAAUUCGAAAACUAG